AUGGAAGAAGAGGAAGGACUUAAGGAAAAUGUGGAAGCUGAAGAAGUGGAGAAAGAAGUUAUGGAGGAAAAGAGAUUGUGCAUGGUUGAUGGGUCUAGCCUCCAGAAUACUGAAGUGUAUGUGAAAUGGGAGCCUUCAAAAAAGAAUCCAGGGAAGUUCAUAACAACACUUACGGUUGUAAAAGAUGCAGGCCUUGCUGACCUGCGAAAGUUGAUUGCAAUUUAUAUUGGUGCAGACAAUCAAGCAUUCACUUUUCUCAUGCUUGGGGCCCCCACUGGAGCUUCAGUACCAAAGGAGAAGGAAGCAACAAUUCAGGCCAGUAAGCUUCCUCUAUGCAGCAAUAAAUCAAAUGGCUACCUUGCUAGCUUGAGACCACUGAAGGGAAUGCAAAGCCCAAGUCACAAAACACACCGUUUCAUUAAGAGGAUUUCAUUCCCCAAAUUCAAAACGGCGUUGUUUCAUUUUGGUAUUAUCAUAAAGAAAACCAGGGCGCAGUGGUCAUCUUCUUCACAAGAACUGCGCAGGCAGCCUCAGUUGCAGCCGCAAGAGAUUUCCGGCGAGGGGAGGUGCAGUUGCACCUCCUUGCACCUUAAUAGGUCAGCCAGUAAAAGCUUUGGUUUGCAGCAAUGGGAACCGAGUGCAGCUUGUGUUUUGCAAACAGCCUGGCGCUGUUGCAAAAGAGAGAAGCUUCAAAAGUCUCCCAGGUUGGCUAAAGAGGGUGGUCUUUCUGCCACUAAUCACCAUGCUGUCUCAGAGACACGGCAUAAGUAG